UAUCAUUCUUGCCAGCUCUUGGCCGAUUCUAAUUUACCGCAAAAAGUUGAUACUGUAUGUUGCAAUAUAAACAUAAAAAAUAAUCAAAGUAUCGUCAAAAGAGAAAAUAUUAACCUUUUUUAAAUAUAUUUAAUUGCCGUAGUUGACGUUUAUAGUUAAUCGUAAGCAUUUAGAGCGCCACCAAUUUAUCAAAUCUUUGCUCUCGUCUUGAAAUAAUGGAGUCUGUGCUUUUCGCUAACAUCAAGAAACUCUUUGCCAAGGAGUUGUAUUCUUGUGUUAUUCCGUUGUCAAGUUUACUAAGUACUCUGUUGCAAAACGAUCGCAAUGUUGCUACUCCCGAAAUGGAGUAUCAAGUACUGCUCUUUAGUGGCAAUGCACAUUAUUAUGAACGAAAUUACCGUUUAGCCAGCAAACAAUAUGAAGCUGCGUUAUUAAUGCGUAAAACUAUGUUGCGUUCUAAGAAUACGCAACUAGCUAGCAUUGAGAUCACAUUUGAGCAGUUUAGUGAGCUAGAAACGCGUUACCGUCUCGCCAAAUGCUAUCAUGAGUUAGGUGAAGACCGUAAGGCUAUAGGUGCAUUACAUGCACUGCCCUUAAAAGCGCGUUCACCGAAAGUAAAUAUGCUAUUGGCACAGCUUUGGCAGUAUGGUAAAAAUACGGAUAAUGCAGAGGCUAUAGCAGCCUAUAAGGAAGUGUUGGGUGAUUGUCCCAUGGCGCUGGGAGCCAUUGAAGCGCUAUUAAUGUUGAGUAUGGAUGGCAUUGAAGUUAAUUCAUUGGUGGUCAAUGCCAGUGCUGUACCGAAACAUAUUGAUUGGUUGAGCAGUUGGAUAAAGGCACAUGCUCAGUUGUACGGACGCGAGCAUUUAGAGGCAUCAAAGACAUUUCAAGCGAUCAACGACAACACAAAAUUCCACCAGAACUGUUACCUACUCACUUUGAUAGGCAAAAGUCUGUAUUAUUAUGGGCGAUAUAUACCAGCGCAGCAGUAUUUGGAGACGGCACUUAUGAUUAACCCACACAAUACGGAAGCGUUAAUGCCUUUAGCCGUAGUAUAUGAAUAUAAUCAGAAAUUGACAGAAUUGGAUAAACUCUCAGCACAAAUGGGCAAGAUAAAAGAACUCGAAUCGGAUCAUUGGUUUGUUGUUGCCGAGAGUUGUUAUGCUGCAGGUCAAAUUGAGAAAGCCGUUUCAUUUGCAAAGAAGGCUAUCGAGUUGAAUGAGCGCAACGUUGAGGCGCAGCUAUUGCGUGGACGAAUCUGUUUACAAUUAAAACAGCGCCUUGAAGCCAUUUCGUAUUUUCGUGCAGCGCAGUGUAUAGCCAGUUAUCGCUUUGAGGUUUAUAAAGGUCUUUACCAUUGUUAUGUGGGCAUGAAGCGACGCGACGAGGCGCAGGCUAUGUGCGCUUUGGCAGUUCGCUACUUCCGUAAUUCCCCGCGUAGUUAUGUGAUGUUUGCGCGUGUCUUACUGCAUUCCAAUAAUCCGCUUGCGAAGAAAAGUGCCAAAAAAUUUUUAGCCAAAGCGCUUGAAAUAGAUGAGCACUAUGCGGUCGCCGUAGCGCUUAUGGCAGAUGUGUGCCAGGCGAAUGGCGAGACUCAAGAAGCUAGUGCUAUGUUGAAGAAGCAGGUCAUGACUUUUCCGAACCCCUCUUAUUUCAGUAUGUUGGGCGAUUUACGUCGGACUGUCCGAGAUUUGGAUGGUGCGCUGGAAUAUUAUACAAUAGCUUUAAGUCUCGAACCUAAUGACCGCCGUGCUUUGAAAGGUGUUAAUGCAUUGACACGCGGCGGUGACAAACAAGAUCAAGACACUUCUUUAAUGAUAUCACGCAUUCGUGAUGAGGAAUGGCAAAUUGAUGAUGAAGCAGAAGAAUCUUCUUCGCAUGAUGAUGACGACUCCGACACGUAUUCUGAUCCAUUUUGGCAAGAUCUGGAGUCCGAAGUCAUCAAUUAAAAAUUUGUGGUAUUGCGAGACUUGUAGGGUUCCCUAUUAAUUUAUUUUGCUUGGCAACAAAUAUUGAGCUAAAACCGCCUACAGCGCAAAUAAUAGUAGUUAUUGGUAGUGAUAAGUCUGAAUAGUUCCAUAUCAAAAAAACCAUAUUUAUAUUAAAUACUGUGUUAAUUUAAACGCUUAAA